AUGGAUGAUACUCAAUAUAAUGUUCAUAAUACUGAAUCACUGCAAACACAGUGCACAUUGGAUAUAAGAAAUAAACCAAGCAAAUAUAUAGGAAUAUCAAGUGAAUUGAAGCGAGAAUUCUCCUAUAUCGACGAUCUUAUGGUGACCAUUCGGUCAAAGCAGAAUCGUAUAGAACAGACAGAGAAAAAAAUGAAAGAAAGAUCUAUAGAAACAAAUAUAGAAGAAAAUAUAGAUACAUAUAUAAGCAGAGAUAACAAAAAAACCAAUGAAAAAACAAAUAAAAAUAUAGAUGAAGAUGAAAAUACAGGAUUAAAUAUAAGUUUGAAUAUGAAUAUAAAAAUGGAGUUAAAAGAAACGGAGUUAAAAGAUAAUACAAAGAUAAUAGAAAAAACAGAAAAUAUAACAGAAAAAAAGGAAAAGAAACAGGAAAGACGAAGAUACCAAUGCUCAUUCCAGGAAUGUGGAAAAGUAUUUCAACAGCAGGCACAUUUACGGAUUCAUUUGCGAUGCCACUCAGGAGAAAAACCAUAUGUUUGUCAACACUGUAACAAAACGUUUGCACAACUUGGAAAUUUAAAGACACAUGAACGACGACACACUGGGGAACGGCCUUUUGUUUGUGUUUAUCCUGGAUGCGAUAAGCGUUUUGCACAAAAAGGCAAUUUGCGUACUCAUAAACAGGUUCACGAGGGCUUGCGACCAUAUUUUUGCCAGCUAGAUGGUUGUACAAAGACAUUUACACAGUUGGGAAAUUUAAAAGCACAUCAAAAUAAAUUUCACAAUAAAUUUAUUCUUCAGUUAAAUGCAAAACUUUCAUCAGUUCAAAAUAUUCAAUUGGCUAGUGCAGAGGACAUGAAACUCUUUAACUAUUUUUCUACUCUUUACCGUUAUUCUGACAAAGGUAUUAAAGGUCGUGGGAAGGAAAAAGAGUCUUUAAAAUUGCCACAAUUGCCAGAAACAUGGCCAUCAUUAAUGGCGUAUAAUCCUCAGAAUAAGUUGAAGCAUGAGGAACAGCUCUCACAACCAGACGUAUUAAUUGCAUUGAACAAAGAUUCAGCAUCUUUAACAGAUGGAGUGAAUUCAUCUUUUUUAGAUAAACAUGCAAAUCAUAUAACUAAAAAAAUAUACAGAGAUUCGCCUUCAUCCAGUAUGCACGAACUGUUUGAUUUGAUAAACCAAGAAAUUCAACAUCUUUCUGAAUCACAUACAUUAUCUCAUAAAGACACUGGGAUUAAUAUGGCUACAGAUGUUUUAUCUAACACACCACUAAAUACACUGCCAUGUACAAUAUUUAGCACUUCAUUAAACACUGCACUUAAUGAUUCAUCAGAAACAUUUCAAAAUUUAGAACAGGCACAUACAAAUGUUCAUGAUUUGUUAUCACAGCUUAAUUAUUCUUCUGGGUCAUAUAUUGCAGAAUUUGUAUAA